AUGGACGAUGUUAACCUUGAAUUAGAAGCACUACAAGCUAUUUACUCUGAUAAAGAGCUUACUAUUGAAGCUAAAGAAGAUUGUCAAAUAAUUCAUAUUCAGCUUGUUAAAGAAGCAAAAUCCGGAAUUAACUCUAUAAAUGAGGACAACGAAAAAAUUAAAUUCAUCAAAAUUAAAGUUGUAUUUCUUAUUAAUCAAGAAUAUCCAGAAAGAUCUCCACCAGAAAUUAAUAAUAUAAAUAUAUGUAUUCUUGAUGGAAAAUAUUGCAUGAAUGAAUGCCCCAUAGAUAACUACCAUGAUGAAGAAAGUGAUAAUACAAUUUUGUUUGAUGAUUCAACAAGCACAUAUGUAAAUGUGGAUGAAGUUAUUAAUUAUUAUAAUUCAAUUAAAGAAAGUUAUAUUGGAAGAGUAUGUAUUUUUGAUAUAAUAGAAAAUUUACAAGUAUUCAUUGAUGACGUUGCAUCCAAAUUAAUAACUAACCAAGAAAGUCAAGUAGUUUAUGAAAACCCUGUCUCAAAUUCAAUUGAAGAAAUGGAAGGAGAAGACCAAGCUGCUUAUUCUGGUUUAACCGAACGUAUUUUAUGUCCAAUAGAAGAGAGGGUUACUGAAGAACAGUUUAAUCUUUGGAAAAUAGCUUUUAAGUCAGAAAUGAUUGAAAAGAAUAUUUGGAAAGAUGAAAAUCAAGAUUCUAAUCAACUCACAGGUAAGCAACUUUUUGAAAAGGAUGAAUCUCUGAUUAAAAGUGAUGAAAAUUCUUCUGUUAUAAUUGAUUCUACUGAUACCUUAUAA